GUUGAGUAGUCCUCAACUUAUGAUCGGUUGGGGAUUGCGGCAUUAAAAAGGUUGAGAACCACUGGUCUAGACAGAACUAAGCAGGAGAGAAAGAAAUAAAAUAUCGAAAAACUGAAAGGCCAAGAUUAAAAUUACAAAUAUGAAAGUGGCUAGGUAUUGCACAUUUUAGAAGGAGGAAAAGGCUCCAGCUGAUUAGGCAACAUUGCAAAGUGAUUGUGAUCCCCCCUCCCAACCUUAGAGGGAAAAGUUGGUAAGUUUUAUAUUUGUGUAAUUUCUACAUAAAUAUAAGAAACUACUUUACAAAUUUUCAGCAAUCACAAUUUCAAGAAAAGCCACAAAAGAAAUGGCAGUUAAACCGUGUAUUAAUCCAUUCUCUCAUAGCACCAUAAAUUCUAGAGCACUUAUGAAAGUCUUUACAACUUGUUUUCAUCUUGAUAUACAUUGGACUAAAUAUUUAGGUUUUUUUAGUGCUAUGCUAUAAUAAAUUUGGCAACUAACUAGAAAAAUUAAAUGAAUUUCUUAUAUUUCACCAUUUUUAUUUCAGGACAGGGGACAGGGAAUAUAGCCACCACAGUCUUUAAUAUCAGUAAUCCAAUAAUUUUUUCUCUAGAGAUGGUAAUAUGUACUGUCUGUUUCUAACAGCUUCAACAUUAUCUAGAAAGAUUUUGAUUCAUAUAGUGCAAUUUUAAGGACUAUUUCUGAUCAAAGAUCACUAACAGAAUAAUUUUGUUUGAAAGAAGUUAGUUCCUCUGUGUUGAGUGGCACUUUCUCCCUAGGAUUAUAGUCUUAAUGAAUGAGUUGGUUCUGCUGCUACUUUAUAUUUUGUGUGGUCAUAAUCUCAGUAGCCUUAGGUCUUAGAAUCUAUGCAAGUAUUUUCCACUUGGGACUGUAUUUUUGAGAAGUCUUUGGGGAUCACAUAUUUUACCAGCACUUGCUCUCUGCUAUCUUUCCCAUGAUUAUAAAAGUAUACAAUAUAAGGAACUAAGUAGAAAAUCAACAUCUAACGAGCACCUGAGACAACAUUUACAAGAAACAUUUUGGAUUUCAGUUACAGUUCUGACUUGAUAUUAUUAAUCCUUCCAUAUUUUUUUUGUUAAUCUAAUAAAACACAGGAAAAAUUAAUAAAAUAUUCUGAUUGUCUUUUCUAUUCCCAUUCUUAGUUCUGGACACAUAUACAAAUUCAGUCUUGUAAAAUAAUUUAAGAGAUCAAAUAAAUCUUUAAAGCAAUCAUAUUGGUUGCAUUAAAAAUAGUUUUUUAUAUCCCUAGAGGAUACUGUGUAUUUUAUUGCUAUGGUAACCAUAAUGAAUCAUGCCCUAGUGCCAUGGAAACAUAUCAAGAGUAUUCCAUUGGGAAUUCAAAACAGGUUUUGGAAAAACAGUAUCUAUAUAUCUAUAUUUCAGAUAUGUUAAUAUAUUCAGUGAUUAGGUUGGUGGAGAUAAAAAUAAGCUGGCAUUGUAAAAAAAGAAGAGAAAGUCUCAUCUUGGAUAUCUCAAGUGUUAUGGUAAAUACAUAUGAACGUCUAGUAAAUAUGGGAACAACCAUUGUCCCAUUUCACAGAGGAUAAUACUCUGGCUACCUUCUACUCUGAUUUAAAUAUAAGACUGGAAAGCAAAGAAAUUCCCCAUCAAAAGAUAACAUUUGGAAGGCAAACUUAGUAAAUGCACACACUAUACAUGUGAUCCUCAGGUCAUGGUGUGAUGUGGUGUUACAGAUUGUAUAUGCCAUGUGGGUUUGUGUCUUCUUUUUUCUAUAUGUAUUCAUCAACCUAACCACUUAUCUACCUCAAAUUCGCAAGAAAAUCUGUGACUUCUGUUACAAUUUUUUGAAUUGGACACUCCUUUUCUGUUUUGGCAAAAUGCACAUAGCCAACAUAGUUAAAUCUUUUGAAUCAUCUUCUGAUCAUUUAAGGCUCUACCUUUAAUAAGCCUUAUCCUGAGAAACUCCCACAGGAUCUUAUUAACUUGUUUAUUGUUUCUAGCUUCCUGCUUUCGGUUAAAAUAUAUUACAUAAACUAUUCUUACAAAAACAAAAUUAAAGAUGUCUUUUUCAAAUGCACUAUAAAUUAUGUAGAUUUAUGGAAAGCCCCUGAGCCACCUGGAAUGUCUUGCUUUUGUUUAAAAAAUCAAGGACAUGUUAUUUAUAUAUUUAUCUACCAAUUUAUAAAGUUCCUUCAAUUUCCUUCAAAGACUCUUCAAAAGGCAACAAGAGCCAAUUUAAUGAUACAUAAAACCCAAUAAUCUGAAACUAUAUUACAUUAUAUUACAUCAUUUUUAACUUUAUAUUGUACAUCUGUCACUGAUAACUCUAUUACCCAAGUCCCAAUCGCCUUCCGGGUAAGCCAAAUUCUGGAAGGCAGUGAGGAUGGGACUUACCCUUAUUUCAGAGGGCAAAGCUGAGAGCUGUCACAGAGAAUGUCUUGGCUGCUUUACUUCUUGGUGGGUGGAAGCUUCAGCAAGCACCCUGUUUACCCAGUUUUGGUGGGUAGAAUCAAUUUGGAAUAUGAUCUCUUGUAGAUUCCCUGGCUAUCUGCCCUAAGUCAUUCAUAAAUGCCCUCAGAAACAAACCAAAACUAGAGCAGCUCUUCCAGCAAACUUGUUUGGUUACAAGGCAAUAACAGGUCUGUCUCAUAAGCAGAUGACUCUGCAAUUUGUAUUACUUGAAGUUUUUGGGUGGUCUACUACAAUUUUCUGCCAUGAAAAUUAUAGUAAGCUACAUGUGAAGUGACAUGAACAAGAUCGUCAGUGUCCCCUACUGUACAAAGUGCACAUCUGAAUUUGGGCAUAGGCCCUCCUAGUCAUAGCUUCCAUCUUCAGGGUCAUGUGUUAAGAGGAUCUCCAAACUGUGAAGUUGCUCUCCAUAGGGAUGGACAAUACCAAUAAUUUAUAUCCUAUGUUUUGGUAUUGCUACUAUUUCAUUUGUGUGGUUUCUUUUUUUAAAAGGGGGGGGGCUCCUUUUUCUCCGGCGGUAUUUCUUGGUUGGUUUUGUUUCUUUUGUUAUUGUCUUUAGUCUUUGUUUCUUUCAGUUUAUCUUUUGUAUUUUUUACUGUUUUUAUAAUCUUGCUAUAGAAUACAAUAACAAAUAUUCAUACUGAUGGUAUCUUACACUGGAUGACCUUUCCCAUUGGUUUUAUAUGGUUGUUAAACAAGUUUGGGGGAGAGGACCAAAUCCAGAGCACACAAUGGAAAACCUGCAGACCAUACUUCUCCCUUCUCUCACAACUAAUUGGACCCAUUCAGGAAACAGCAGACCUGCUACAAAAUGUUGUAUUUAUCCCUAGUCUUCAUAGGCUGUCCCGCAAACUAUGGAUGACACUAUAAAAACACCUACAAACUCUAGUAUGUAUAGAAGGUGGCCAUACUUUCUUCACUCCUGUCCUGUCCUGAGUCAUUCUUGAAAGCAAUCAAAGGACUUUCAGUGAAUUCUAAUUGCCAAAGAUUUAAAUGAAUCAUUUCUUCCACAGUUCUACAUAACUGUCAUCUUAUCAUUUUCCCAUUGAGGACAAAAGGUAUAGCACAGUACUUGUUAAUCUUCUUAGCAGUGUUUUCUAAAAAAAAAAAAAAAAAAGGUACCGGAAUUCACGUCAAACAACCCGCCUUGCCUAAUCUACAAGGUUCCAUCCAAAAAAGGUGCUGGAACUCCGUUCUGGGUGUUCUAUGAGAAAAAAAGCCCUGCUUCUUAGUAUUUAUUGCAUGGAGAACUUGUUCUUCACUGCGCCCACCUAUCUGCUAAUAAUAAAACCAAAGCAGGUCCCUUGAGAAGGGCUGGCGCUUUUCUAUUUGACUGUUGCCUGAAUCCAUCUCCUUGCUGUCUCUCUAUCUGCUUUAGCUAACCAUAAGAACAGGGUCAAGCACAUAAAUGAUAAGAGUUAGGAUUAAGACAACUGUUUACUAGCUUGGGUUCCACAGCCUCAAAAAGUUCUACAAAACAGCAAAAGAUAUUAUCUCAUCAAGCUUUAUCCACCUGACUGCUAAUCUAGAGCACAUAUGAGCAAUUUUAUCCAUUAAAAUUAUUAGCAAAAAUUGCAUUUUAGAUCUUAUGCCCUAUCUCUCCCAAGAACUUUUUUACAUCCCUAUAAAAUAUGUACAGUAUUAAUAAAUGGAAAACUUUAAGGAAUGUAAAUAAUUUUGAAUGGAAGACUUUCCGUGGAACGAACUUUUUCUACAUUUAAUUAAAAACAUUGUAUUUAGGGACAUUUUUAGAUACCAUUUCUCUUUUAGCUUCCAGUACAUCUUGCUCUAAUUCAGUGAACAAGCUUCUGUAUCAUCAAUUUGGUUUUUCUUUUUAUGGGGAUACAGUUUUUUGUUUUCUUUGUCUUUCAUGACACUUACCUUUGGAUAAAGGAUUCCUUUAAAUUCUGUAAUUUUCUUUUUUAAUUUAUUAAAUUUAGAGAUACAAUCAAAGGAAAAACAAGGAAAAAAUAAAAGGAACAAGAAUAGAUUUGCAGAUUGUAAAAUUAAUUUAAGAAACUGACAUUAUAUAUUAAUCUCAUAUUAUACUUUUAAGUCACUAUUAAAAUCAGGUUAUUGUGCCAUUUAGUAACUGUAAUUGGUAUGCCUUAAAUUUUAAAUUAUAAACCAGAAUAAAAAAUUACAAUAAUUUUUGCUUAAGAAUAUUGAAUAUAGUUAAAUAUAAAAUGCCCAACAAUUUAAAACCUUGCAAGAUAUUAUAGACAUUUGACAUUUGUAAGCAAUUAUGGAAAACAGAAGUCGCCAAGGGACUGGAAAAGAUAAAUUCAUACUCUAAUACUAGAAAAGAGCAGUACUAAAAAAAAUUCAACCAUGAAACACUAGUAUUUAUAUCAUAAAUCAAGAUUUUACAAUCCAGACUACUGCAGAAUGUGCAACAAAAACUGUCAGAUAUACAAUUUAUGUUUAGAAAACACUUCAGAUCACAUUGGUAAAAUGGAAAUGCAAGAUAGUGCCAAAACGACUGGUUUAUUAAUUCUACAAUGGCUUUUAGCUGCAUGGUCUAUUAUGAAUUAUGAACAGUCCUUUAAACAUGGGUAUAUCAGACCACUUCAUCUGCCCAUUAAGGAAUUAAUGAGAUGACCCAAAGGCAAAAAAUUGAAGCAAAAUCUAAAGCAUACUGUACAUGAUUUAAAACUGGGAAAGGAAUGCACCCAAAUAAUAUGGUAUUGCUUUAUUUAACUUACAUGCAGAAUGUAUCAUGAGAAAUUUAAUGAGAAAUUCUACAUAACUGUGGCUGGUUAAGAACGCUUAUGAAAUAAAGUUCAAGGAUAGAUAUUGUAUAUACAUCUGUAAGGAUAGAUUAAUUAAUACCGGUGGGAUAUUACUAGUAAGGGAAUCAGACCAUUAAGGCAAUCGCUACUUUAUUGUAGAAAAAAUACCGCAGCAUGGCUUUCUCAAAAUACAUAAUUCGGCAGCUCUGCUACCUUUCAAAUGGACUUCUGACUGUUUUGAGAACUGUAGUUUGAAGCUACUUUAUUUUAGACACGUACAGCUUGCCUAGUUCUUAACCGGCUUUUUUCUGCUUAUUUAGACAGCCUGUAAACUUUAAACAAAAAACUAGCAUUCUGGAAGAGGCCGAAGGCUGUCACAAAACAAAAAAACAUAAACUCUCGCCUUUCCCCCCAAUUUGAAGGUCUGGUUCUUGGAAAUUCCUCGGCCUGUCUCCUUCGGGAAAAUUUGCCAUCCUGGAACCGAAAACAAUGUGCUUGAAAACUGGCUUCUGCAACCUUAGUUCGACAAAAGCUUCGUCCUCUCCAAAUCGUUCUUCCGCGCAAGACAGCCGGGACCGCCUUUCCACGACUGCCUGCCCCGGUUCUGUCAGCCUCAACGGUAGUGGUCAUCCCGCACCGCUUCGGCGCCCCGCAAUCUCACGGGCGGCUCUCCCACGAUUCCCUUCGUUGUCUCGGUCCGAGCAUGGCCUGGCGGCGCUUCCCAAAGGGGAGAAGGGAACCACCGCGCAGGAAGGGAGUCUCCCCUCAGGGCUCUUCGUCGUAACCCGCGUUCCCCCCCCCCACCGUCUGAGGAUCGGGCGCGUUCUCCCUCCUCCAUCCGGCUAACCUCGACCAAUCGAAAAGAUGCGCACGUGACAAGCGUUCCCAACGAUGACUUCAUCCCUGGUGUGGGAUGACGUCAAAUUCAAGAUGGAUGGAAUCACGGCGGUGGCGGCGGCGCGCGCGGGUGAAUCGUAAAAGGAGACGGCCGAAGGGGGAAGGAAAAGGGAUGCGCGGAAGACUAGAUGACAUAAAGACUUCAGAAUCAUUGCCAAUUAAGGAGUAAAUGCAGUCGUGAAUCUAAGGUUUUUCUUGUUUUGAAGUGUUUUCAAGAAGAAAAAAGCUUUUCUGAUAAACCUAAUCAUGGAUGGACUCUUGCAUUAUAUAAAUCCUGCACAUGCUAUUUCUCUUUUAAGUGCUUUAAAUGAGCAACGUCUGAAAGGACAACUUUGUGAUGUUGUUCUCAUAGUAGGAGAUCAAAAAUUUCGAGCUCAUAAAAAUAUUCUAGCUGCCAGCAGUGAAUACUUCCAAUCUCUAUUCACUAAGAAAGAAAAUGAGUCUCAGUCGGUAUUUCAACUUGAUUUCUGUGAACCAGAUACCUUCGACAAUGUAUUAAACUACAUUUAUUCAUCAUCUUUGUUUGUUGAGAAAAGCAGUCUGGCUGGUGUGCAAGAAGUAGGCUACAGUCUUGGAAUUUCCUUUCUUACUAACAUUGUAUCUAGAAGUCCUCAAGUUCCUUUGCCCACAUGUCCGAUCAAGAAAAUAUUAUUCCAAGAAGAUGAUGAAAGUGGCUCCCAGAAAAGAAGUGUCAUUGUUUGUCAGAGCAAAAAUGAAACACAAGGGGAAAAUGUUGGUCAAACCUUCCCCGAUAUAAGCCAUAGUUCUAAUUUUUUGUCAUCAGUUGCUAUCAAUACUAAGUGGUCACAGCAGUCAACAGAAUUUCAACAUAGCCGAUCAUUAAAUGAAAAGAGAUGGUUGAAAGAUAGUUCUUUAAGAUACUCAAAGUCCCAUGAAUCUUCAGUUACAGUGGAUGAUCAAAAUAGAAUGAAAAGAAAUGCAAUAUCAUCACAGAAGUCUUUUGUAGAGAAAGAAUUGGCAGCGGAUGAACUAGGAGAAAGUGAUCAACUAUUAAGAGGAAAGGCAGAGGAAAUAUCCUUGAAACAGGUUUGUCCACCCAUUGAAUCUGUAUGCAGUUCAUCAGAAUCCACAUUUUUGCUGAAUGAAAGAGACAAGGGAACUAGUCCAGGUGAAGACAGGAAUUUACUAUACUAUUCAAAAUUAGGAUUAGUAAUCCCGUCUAGGAUAGCUGAUCCUGAAGGUCAAAGUACCGACAGGAGUGGACCACUUGUAAAAAGUCUUCUUCGAAGGUCACUGUCAAUGGAUAGUCAAGUUCCAAUAUCUUCACCUUCUAUUGAUUUAAAGCUUUCUCAAGGGUCUUUAGUAGGGAACAAUGCACAAAGAAUAAUGUUGAAUGUAAUAUCACAAAAGCCACCCAUGAAAGAUUCUUCAGAAAUAGCUUCUGAUGAUAAGACACAGAUAAUGCAUCCACAUCGUCUUAGAUCUUUCAGUGCUUCUCAAUCAACAGACAGGGACAUGAAUUCUCAAGAAUUACAGAUUAAAACUGAACCUAGCAGUCCACUUUCAGAUCCUUCUGAAAUUAUAAGAAUCACAGUGGGAGAUACUUUAUCAUCUGUCAACAAAAGUGACUCCUUUAAGACUGAAGAUGACCACAGGGAACUCAUUAACUCUUUUAAAGCAAAGGAUGACCACAGUGAGAUCAAUAGACUUCCAGCUAAAAGAAGAUUUCAAGCAGACAGAAGGCUACCACUCAAAAAAAUGAAGGUAGACCAACAUGUUUCCCCUGAGCCAGAGGACAAUUUUGAAGAGAAUUUGAAUGCUAUACCCUUCGUUGAUUUCCCAGAUUCUGAUGUUAGCAGAGAUGAAAGUGGUGAACUGGAAGAAACAAAGCCUAACAAAAAAUUUAAGUGCAAACACUGUCUUAAGAUUUUCAGGUCAACAGCAGGCCUACAUCGUCAUGUCAAUAUGUACCAUAAUCCAGAGAAACCAUAUGCUUGUGAUAUUUGCCAUAAGAGAUUUCACACAAACUUCAAAGUUUGGACCCACUGCCAGACACAACAUGGAAUUGUAAAGAACCCCUCACCUGCUUCUAGUUCACAUGCUGUCUUAGAUGAAAAAUUCCAGAGGAAAUUAAUUGAUAUUGUAAGAGAACGGGAAAUUAAAAAGGCUUUGAUUGUUAAAUUAAGACGUGGAAAACCAGGGUUUCAGGGACAAGUUAGUUCACAAGCUCAACACGUAAUCAAAAGGAAUCUGAGGUCAAGAAAUAGAGGAGCUUACAUUUGUACCUACUGUGGGAAAGCAUAUCGCUUCCUGUCACAGUUUAAACAGCAUAUAAAAAUGCAUCCAGGAGAAAAACUGGUUGGAGGAAAUAAGACUCUUAUUAAACCAAAAGAAGAUAAUCGCAGUGAAAACCCAAUGGAAAACAAAAAAGUUUAUCAGUGUCGUAUUUGUAAUGCUAAACUUUCUUCUCUUACUGAACAAGGAAAUCAUGAGCGGCUAUGCCGGAAAGCAACAGUUUGUGCUUACUGCAGUCUUCUGUUUUCUUCUCCCGAACUGAAGUUUGAACAUGAAGUCACAUGUGAGUACAAGAAGCUCACUUGCUUGGAGUGUAUGCGAACUUUUAAAUCCUCCUUCAGUAUUUGGCGUCAUCAAGUUGAGGUGCACAAUCAGAAUACUAUGGCUCCAACAGAGAAUUUUUCUUUACCAGUUCUGGAACACAAUGGUGAAGUAAGUAAUGCUUCGAGACCACAUUAUCAAACAGAGCCUAACAAAAUCAGCAGCUUUGUUGCCACUAAAGAAGACGGUGUAUUUAGUGAUUCCUCAGAGCAAAUCAAUUUUGAUUCAGAAGAUUCCUCAUGCCUCCCUGAAGAUCUUAGUGUUUCCAAGCAGCUGAAAGUUCAGAUCAAAGAAGAACCUGUGGAUGAUGUAGAAGAGGAGAUCUCUGAAAGCAGCCGGGAACCAAAGGAAAGCAUUGCUAAUAAGGAGACUGGUUUGUGGCCCUGUGAAAAGUGUGGAAAAAUUUUCACCGUACACAAGCAGCUAGAGCGUCAUCAGGAGCUUUUAUGCUCAGUGAAACCCUUUAUUUGCCAUGUGUGUAAUAAGGCUUUCCGAACCAAUUUUCGCUUGUGGAGUCAUUUCCAGUCCCAUAUGGCACAAGCUUCGGAAGAGCCUUUGCGAAAAGAAUCUGAGGUGUGCUCUUCUGCUAAUUCUCCUUCCCCACCACCUCUGCCUCCACCCCCUCCGCUUCCCAAAAUACAGCCUUUGGAACCCGAUAGUCCUACAAGCCUGUCAGAAGCCCCUUCAGGUAGUGAGAAAUUAUUUGUUCCACAGAAGUCUGACACACUUUUUUAUCAUGCUCCACCACUGUCAGCUAUCACAUUCAAAAGACAGUAUAUGUGCAAACUUUGCCAUAGGACAUUCAAAACUGCAUUUAGUCUUUGGAGCCAUGAACAGACACACAAUUAAAGAAAACUUUUAAAAGAGUGCCUAUAGAAAGUUUCAAAUAUCUGUUUAAUUUCUGUGAUGUUUCUGAAAUUGUAUCACUGAAAGUAGAUUUAUGUGUGUAGAUUUAUAUAUAUAUAUACACACACACAUGCAAAGGGUAAAAAAACCUCUCAAAAUUAAACUUGAAAUUUGUGAUGCUGUGUUUUGGAUAUAGAAAUGAAGGUAAACUAAAUUUAUCCUUACUAGAGAAAAUUGUGCAAACUUUUUAAUAUUGUGAUUUCAGUUUUCCUAGUUCUAGAAUAAUUGCAUUCAUUAAACCUGAGUAUAUAUUUCUCAUGAUGUUAUACUGGUAAACAUGGAUACAUAUAAAAAGAAUCAGUGACAAGUAUUUAGAGUACAGGAAAAUUUCAUACUACUUGUUUUUACAGAGAAUAACUCAUGAGCUCCAUAUAUUAGUCAUUCGUUUGAUGUUAAGGGAAGAAGCGGAUUGAGUGCUUUGCUGUGUUGGCCAUGAUUCUGUUGAACAUUAGCAAUAAUGAAUAAAACCUCAAUUGAAUUAACUUGA